AUGUCAAUAUUUACAUGUGAAAUUAUUGUUACUGUAAAAGCCAAGCAUCAUCGUAGUGUUAAUGUAGAAUUUAAAACUCCAAAUGAAUGGGCAUCAAUAACAUAUUAUGAAAAAAAUAAUUCAAUUGGUACAUUUACAUCAAAUGAAAAUAUAAUAAUUGUUAAUGGUAGUACUGGUCCAUCAUUACGUUCAAGAUUUUGUAUUGGUAAUUUUGGUGAUAAAUUAAAUAAACAACAAGAAUUUAAAAAAGCAAGAAGUCUUAUUAGAGCUGGUGUUAAAUUUUUUUAUGAUGGUAAUGAUGUUUUUGUUACGAAUAAUUCAGCAACUGAUUUAUUUGUUCAUCCACUUGGUUUGAAUAAAUACAAUAAUAGAACAGAUAAUACUGUUCAUCGUGUAAUAUCAAAAAAAACAUUUUUUAAUAUUUAA